AUGGCGUGUCCUGUUGUGGAAGCAUGGCUGGCCGACCCAAUGUUGGCGGCUCGUGGUGCUGCUGGUCAGCUUUGCACUGUGAGUGGCAAGAGGUUGAAACGAAGUGAUGUCAUCGCAAAUGGCAUGGCGAUCGCACCUGUUAUCAAGCAUAUGGGGGCCCGCUCUGCUGCAAGGAAGCAAGCGUGGGUGCUCAAGCGUUUGAUAUCUUUGUUUACCCGUGGUGCCAGUCGUGGGCAUUAUCCACGAGAGCAUGGAAUGCGCUUGAUUUUCAACAUGGCAGGCAUUGACCUCCCAACCGACCCACGCUAUUCCUGCGCAGACGAGGCGGAUGAGUCUGGUGAGGAGGAGGAAUCCGAGCACGAUGAGCUAGUGGAUCCCAAUCCAACAUGUUCCAAUGCAAAUGUUGUCCAUGGGGGAAUUGACUUUGACAAUGCAACCAGUGGCGAGAAGAAACCGGACCCCACGAAGAGUGGGAAAGCUCCACCCGAUGUGGAAUCAGCCAAAGGGAAACUUGAGUUUGGUGCCAUCUACAUGGGUGACAUGGACAACAUGGACACGCUUCCCUAUGAACUUGGUGAGCCAGAAAUUCUACUGAAGGACCUGCCUCCAUCGCCCACGGUGCCCACUUCGGUUGAAGACCCGGGCUCAAAACCUGCAGCCGACAAACUUGAUUUGGGUGAAAUGACAAUCAGCCGUCCUGGCAUUCUUAAAUCGCUCAAACCAGUGUCACCAGCAGAGCAAUCUGACUUGACCAAAUCCAAACGCAAACAAAGGGGCAAGGGCUCAGAUGAUGACAAUGAUUCCUAUGCAGAUGAUGUUGAAGCUGGGUUGUCAACAAAGGCUGCACGAAAACCAAAAGCAAGAGCCAAGGCAACCAAGGAGCCCAAGGAGAAACAAGCAACCAAGGAGCCCAAGGAGAAAACAACACGAAAACGUCAGUGCAAAGAGGCCAAUGAGGCAAUGCCAGCAAAAAAGGUCAAGAGAGAAGAUUCCCUGCCAAAGGUGGCGAAGGUUGUAAAGAAAAGAAAGGCUGUUGCAACACAGAAGUUGGAGCCAAAGGAUUCACAGGAGGUAGAUGCUGCCAGUCCCGUGAGCACCAAAGUGAAGGCGCCCAGGAAGGCAAGGAAGGCAAGGAAGGCAAGGAACCAUGCAGCAAAGACCAAGACCACACGUGAAGGAUUCCCAGAGGAGAGGAAGGCAGGGAAAACAAAGGCUGAGGUAGAGCAUGACACUGAGAACUUGCCAGGCAAGAGGAAGCGACGAGCCAACAACCUGGAGGAAGGCAAAGCUGAGGAAUGGCGCAAGGAGAAAAGGCCAGAGGCAAAGAAGGCUGAUGGCAAACAGAAACGAGCAACCAAGGCGAAGGAGGACAAACUCCCAAAGAGCACCAAGACAAAGGCAAAGGCUAAGGAAAACGACCCUGAUAUGAUCAAGGCAAAGCAGGAGAAGAAAAAGCAACUGAGUCGCAAGUCUGCCGCGUACCAUCGGGCAUUCAAGAAGGCAAAGGACGAAGGCAUGACCGAGGAGGAAGCCCGAGCAAAGGCCAAAGAAGUCCUGAUAGCGGUGGUGCUUGGGGUCAUGUGGUGCCAGUGCACAUUGAUGUGCAUUCUACUGCUAGCCAAGCACUGUUACUUUGUCUUGGAGCAGCCAAGCAAUACCCUACUGCAACGACACCGCCGCUGGGAAGACUUCUGCAAUCGCACAGCCUACGUGUGGCGGAUGGAGUUCUGGAUGCAGCUGCUUGGAGCGGCCUCUGCCAAGAGGUGUUAUCCUGAAGGCUUUGGACUUCAGUUGCUCAAAGUCUAUGAGGGUCGGGGUCCAACAGAGGCGCGAAAGAAGCGCAUCGCCGAGCUCCAGCAACGAAUUGGUAGUGCCGCACCUCCACCAAAGGAGGUUCCAGGCGGUCCUUCCUAUGCUUCUGGUGAUGGUGAAUACGUUCCUGGAAACCCCAAGGAUUCUUUAUCCCGUCACCCACUUGGGGAGGUUGGGUCUAAGCCUCGAUCGGACGACAGUCUGGGUGGAACGACACCGGAGUAUGAGAGUUACUGGCGUGUUGAAGAACGUGAAGCAAAGAAACAGGCCAAGGCAUUGGCCAAUUGUGAGGGUGACAAUGACCAAAAAAAAUUGAAGGAGGUUCCCUCAAACGUCACUCCUGGUGAAGGGUCCACAGGGAAGGGCAAAGAGCAUGAGGUCAAGGAACCAGAGGGAUGUGCUGCUGAUCCUGUUCCCAAGGUCAAAGGUGAGGUCAAGGGUACAUGCAGGCAACCGGAACAAGGUGAGAAGGGGCAUGCUCCAGGUGGAGAUGGUGUUGACAGGGAGCGUGGGGAGGGGCAUGCCCCACCCUCCGAUGCCAAUGAAAGUGACUCUGAUGACUCUAUCCCCUUGGGCUACUCACCGUCCUCCCGAGCGCCAACCCAAAAGAAGCCUUCGAAGUUUGACAAGUACUACUAUAAGCUUCGUCGAUAUGUGAACGCUGAUGGCUCCAGGGCUAUUUGUAAAGCAAGUAAGGACACCCUUCAGCUCUGGAAGACGGAGGAUGGUGAAAAACUCAAGGCUUUGCUGGCCCAGCACGAGGAUUUCAAGAAGAUGGAAUUGGCCGUCUCCAAGUGGGUCAAGAGCACGAAAAAUGAUGGUAAAGCAGGGAAGUGGAUCACGAAGGACAUGGUGGAGAAAUCAUGGCGAUGGGCCACUGCCCGUGGCCGAAUCAGAACUAAUGAAAUGCAUGGUGUGGAGGAGGCCAAGCUGGUCUUAGAAGAAAAUUUUGCAGAGAACACCGAGACCGGAGAGAUGAACCAUCUUGAAAGCAACGGGCUCUUUGAGGACACCGAUGGCGUCCUGUUGGAUGCAACAGCACCCUCUGACGAAACCGCGGCUCCCAGUGCACCUAAUUCUCAGCAGGCUAAGGAAGCAGCCCUUGCAGCCGCUGGUGGGGGGGGCAACAAGAAGCUGGUGUUUCCUUCGAUUCAGCGCAAUGACUCGCCUUUGUCAAUCUUGCCCCAGUGGCUAUCGGUGCUGGGCAAAAAGGUGGAUGCUGCAUCCGUUACCCAGGAGCGUUUGAUGGCCAAGAACAUCCACCGGGCUACUGAGAUUGGAAACGAGAUGGCUGCCAUCAUCAAGCGAAUGAAUGGCUACUAUGAUUCCUUGAAUGCCAAGCAGGCUGAAUACUUGGCCACGGAUCUCUCGCAGCAGGAUUGCGAUGGAUUGAAGAAGGAGCUGUCGGCUCUCUAUGCCAGCUGCACCAAGGAUGAUAACCCGCCUGAUGCAGUGAAGAAGGAACUUCCCAGCAAGCGUCCUAAGCGCAAGUCUGCUGAUGGUUCCAAGGGAAAGCGCAAGCAUUCAGAGGCAGAUGAAACGGAGCCAGUUGAGAGUGGAAGCAAAGCUUCCGGUGCAUCCACAGAGAAAAAAACUCCUAAGGAGAAGAAGAAGGCUUCCAAGGUUGAGAAGCCCAAGGAUGCUGUGCAAUGUUGCUUUGGCAAUGGGGGAGCUGUGGUGCAGCAGUGUCCUGACUCGGAUGAAGAUGGCGGCAACAGCUUGGGCCUUGGCACAAACUGUGGACAUGACUACAACCUGGAGGGACUGGGCCGCUACCGCCGAUCUCGCUCAGGGCGAGAGCGGGGUGGGAAUGCUGCCA